AUGGACGCGCGGCAGGGCGACGCAGCGGCCACGCUGCCGGACCCGGUCUCGUUCGCCACGCACGACGAGACGGCAGCGGACUUGUACGCGCGGAUAUCCAUCGAGCCCGUGUACACAGGGAUCCCGUUCGUGGACGACACCAUCUCGCUCAGGCGCGGGCAGGUCGUCGAGUUUUGCGGGUUCGGUUGCUGCGGGAAAACCCAGCUGUUGCUCCAGGCGGCGCUCGCGAGCGUCCUGCCGAAGGGCACCAAGCUCCCGAGUGGAGCCAUUGCGUCGGGAGGCCACGCGGUGUUUCUGGACCUGGACGGGCGGCUGGAUGCUCUGCAGGUCGUGAGCUGGGUCGACCGGCUUUGCAAGGCCAGCGAGCUCCCCGGAACCACCACCCCCAGCCACGCCUUCACCUCGGCAUGCUCCAAGUUCCACCUGGUGCGCUGCUUCGGCACGCGGCAGGCGCUCGCCGCCAUCCGCACGCUCAGGCCUUUCCUCAGGCGCUUCCAGGAGCAGCAAGACUCCCUCGGGAUCCUCCUAGUCGACGGACUCUCGUCUACGUACUUCACGGACCGCAUGAUCAAGCACCCGCCGGGACCCCCCGGCCCAGACACCCAGGAGCCCCCCUUCAGCCUCGCCAAGGUGCACGCGACGUUGUCGCGCGAAGUGCAGGCCAUCGCGCGCGAGAUGUGCGUCCCCGUCGCCGCGACGAGCUCCGCCCUGGGGCCGGGCUACAAGCCCGAAGGCGCCCUUGUGUCGUGGGCGUUCCGGGAGACGCUGCCGCCGUGCUGGCAGGCCGUGGUGACGCACAGAGUCCUGCUGCAGAAGGCGCCUGCGCAGCGCGGCGACUCGCUCGCCCCGCGGGAGCCCCCGAUGCUGGCGCAGUUCGCCAAGCCUCGCAGCGACGCCGUGCACCAGUAUGAGAUCGGGGACCGCGGGAUCGUGCGCGUAUAG